UCCAGACCUGACUGUUACUGACUUUUCAGAUGGUCUCUACAUCUAGGAGGUGCUUAUAGCAUGACCAUUCAAGAGCUGGGCUUUGUUUUGAGUCCUCGAGUGCACAACUGAAGCAGAUGCUCUGCUACGUUCGACUGCUCCAGCCUCUACAGAGACACCAGCCUACACCGAUGUGUCUUCUGUAGUCUAUCUGUAGUGGAAACAGCCAUGCCGACUGAAUCAGUCACUGAAAUCACUGCUCUGCAGUUUCCCACACAGCCUGUGGAGAGUUCUGAUGGGCUGAUACUUCAGCACGUAGAACAUGUACCAUCGGCUGAGGGUUCACCAUCUGACAGCUGUAAGACCUCAACUGUUUCCCAGACUUGCUGGGAAGUAAACGUGACCCUGAUGCUUGUGGUUCUCGCCGGGAUCCUCAUCUUGGCUCUGUUUUACUGCGUCCUUCUCCUGCGGCACAAACUGCGUUUGGCUCAGGCAGGAAAUGCUUUAGAGUACUUUGGCUUCUACCACAUGGCAAACUACAGCCUGAAACACCUACCGGAACCCCCAGAUUUACCUUUAGUGGAUACCGAUCCCCCUGUGGAGGUGCCUCCUUAUUCUCCACCUCCACCUGUGGUUCCAAGUCAGCCGGUCAUCCCUCCACUCCUCCCUCCACCACCUCCACUUUCAUCUCGACCACCCUCCGUUGUUCCUCUGCCUCACCCCAUCAUCUACACUACCCCACCCAGCCCUCAGUCUGACGCCGAGGUGUAUUCCCGCAUAGGCACUCUGCGGCACUCCAGGCACUCAAGCGCGAGUCAGACGCAGGUGGUUCUCUUUGAACAUUCGUCCCUGUGACCCUUUGGAGAAGAACACUGUCAUCUGUCUCGUCCAUCACAGCAUUUGCUAAGAGACCGACUUUCACAGUCUAGUGAUUCAGGCAACUUUUAUGUCAUGUUUUUUUGUUUUUUUUUUUGGAAACUUGCAUCCUCGGAUGUAGCCUGUGGUACUAAUACAUCUCAUCCAUCUUCACAUGGACAUAACAGUGUGUUGAGGCUGUUUUGACUGUUUAUAGUACCAUUUUCACUCUAAAUUUAUUUGCUUCUUUAGAUUUGCACUAAAGCCAUGAAGGUUGUAACAGACAAGGGACGCUUAUAGCCUCCAGUUUAGCACUGCACAAAUUAUAUACCUUAAUAUCAUCACACACUCGCCUCAAACAGUGCUGAGACAUAAUGUGUACAUUAGAAGAGAUAAUACAGAUAUGUAAGGAAUAUGAGGUGUGCCAUUACAGGAAAAUAAUCAAGGACAAUAUAGUAUGAGCGUUUUAUUCUUCUUAUACCACAGCAAUUUGCCAACAAUUGUAUUUUUGUAUUAUUUAACUUAUGUUAUAGCAGCUAUAUGCAGUCGCUCUUUCAUCAACCUAUCUUUUUCCCUGUCUUGAAGUUAAUAAGACAAAAAACACAGCUUGUCAUGUUUUAACGAUAAACUGCAAAGCGUAAACUCCUGUCCUGAAGAUCUCCACAUGCCGCAAAACGUACUUACUAUUACAAAGAGCUGACACUAGAGACUCCUUUCAUAAACAUUAAAUAAAAAUCUCCUUACAGAAAACUUCCCCAUCUCAAUGAUUAUACAUUUUUUUGGUUAAAUAACACUUUUUUAAAUUCUGUUUAUUUAUAGCGUUAGAUUAUGUAGAGCAUCUGCCAUACAAUCCCCUGUGCAUGAGCUGUUACUAUAAACCUGUGAUUUUCAGGUGCACUACUGUCAUAACUGCUGUCAUCUUAAGUGGGAAAUUAUGCAUGUUUUUGUAAUUAUUGUUACACUAUUCCUUUACAAUAUUAGAAGUUGUAGUCAGAGAUGUCCUAUUCAUACUGCUGUUUGUUCUGUAUGAUAUUAGGCUGUUUCUAUAUGAUUGCUAGGACCAGUGGCCAUGUUCCUUUUGAUGGUAUUAUUAUUAUAUAUUGACUUUGUUUUUGCUCCAGCAUGUUCCUCUUAUUUCCUUUGUAACUUUGGGUUUCAUUCCUAGGGUGGGAUUUCCUGGAGAGCUUUUCCACUGCAUUCCUUUUCACUUCCUCAGUUCUGUCUUAAAGGAGAAGUUCAGCCAAAAUCCCAGACCAUAUUAAAAUUUAAGGUUUAGAUUUUAGGCCACACCUCCUACAUGAGUCUGUUGUUUUUGUCCAUGUUUAGAGAUAACAGUGUUUCGUACCGCAUCGAAAUCAACAUCAGCAAGUCUAACUAAAAAAAAAAAAAAAAAGUUUAGACACUUAACAUUGAUUACCAUAUACCACAGCAAUUUGCCAGUGAUUACAAUUUCUUACUUAUUAAUAAAUGAACAACUUUUAUCCAUUUAUAGUUACAUUUAGUCUUGUAGAACAUCUAUGGAACUAGUUCCACUUGUUGAAUCCUUAUUUCUAUUGGCUAUUAGAAGAUAAGAAAGGUGAGAAAGGUGGCAGUCCUAGAGAAAUAAACAUCUCAUCAAUAAUGUAACACAGCUUCAGUGGCCCGCACUGGGCUUUUUUUUUCUUUAAAGAUAAGAUUCCGUUGUUUGCAAUAACGUGUCAAGUGAAACAGUUGACAUCCCCUACUGUUUUUGAAUGGAAAUGAAAAAGGAAAAUGUAUCUACAAAAUGAAAUUCCAAGAGCUUGAUAAAUUUACAGCAAAGUAGAUACAACAGGUUGGACAUGUUAAUAAUCUCUCCCUGGAACCUCCCCGAUAGUGUGUUUGUGUGAUAUUAUAUUUAUAUAUGUUAUAUUGUGUUUGGCUGAUAUGGUGUUUGUGUGUGAUGUGGCAUUUGUGUGCGAUAUAUUUUGUUUAUAUAUCUGAUAUUGUGUGUUUGUUUGAUUUUGUGUUUAUGUGUGUGAUAUUGUGUUUCUCUUGUUUCAUAAGAAAUGCUUUUGAAAUGUUUCCUUUCAUGGCCAGUGAACAGAGGCUGUUUAAUCCUCAAGGCUUUCAUACCUUUUCUACAGUAAUAACAGAUCUAUUGUUCUUCUUUCUUUUUCUGUUUUUUAAAAAAUACUCACCAUGUAUGGGCCUUUCAGUUUGGGAUAGAAGACAGCAGGCCUUCAUCUAGCAAAACCUUUCAGUAAAUCAUCAAAUACUGCCGUGGGUUUAGUCGUAUUUUUGAUGUAAACCUGCGGGAAAAUGUACACAGCUGUUUGAUUAGAACAGGUCCUCCCAGAUCUGAGAGCUCAUCACCUACUCCCAAAACACAAUGCUUUAUAAUGGAGCAAUCUGUCUGCCUCAAAUAAAGCAGGUAUCAACCAGAAGAGAAACGUUCCAAUGUUACAAGUUUUCUGCUCAAUAAUACAGAAACUAAUUUUGCCUGGAAAGUCCAUGGCUCUUUCCCAGUACCAAGCAUGUGAACUUUGGAAUUGUGUUCCUUUUUGCCAAGUAAGAACAAUCCCAAAGGACAUAAUAACUAAGAGCACGCCUGUAACCUGGUGAUAUAUUUCAAACAAAAAGACAUUUUGAUGCAAAAAGAUGUUUUUGAGAAAUAAAGAUGUGGGUUUCAGUUCAUAUGCCAUAAUGUGAGCAAACAUCCAGACAGAACUCCCAACCAACAUAUCUUUGUUCUGAGACUUUCCCUGUCUGUAAUCUAAAACAUCAUGUUUGCUUGUGUAGUUUGGUUUCUGGGUUAGGUGUUUGCGCAUUUGAUUGCAGCUGUGUAAGCACCAGCACAACACUUUUAAGGAAAAACUCAAUAUGCCGCUUCCUUCUCUGUGACUUUAUUGUUUGUUUGCUUUGCAAAAUAAAUCAAAACCACAACUGACUUCUAACCUCUAACCUACCAUUCUCGUAAACAGGUUAACCCAUAACUAGUGUUAUAGUGAACAGGCUAACCCACAAUCUAAUAAUAUAGUAAACAAGCUAACAUUUUACUAAACAAGUUAACCAGAACUAGCAUCAUAGUAUAUGGACUAACCCAUAACUAACAUUACGUAUAAUACACAGGCUAACUCAUGAGGAGACAUAUGAACCACACUUAAGGGUUUUUAAUAGUGUAUAAAAUGCCUUUUUAAAGUCUAACAGCAUGACUUCCAUUGCGAUGUGUAUUGUGAUUUUUUUAAAGGAAUUUUGGACAAUACAUUUACCAUUAUGAGGUGGUAGUAAAACUAAUAGCAUUAAAAGAAAAACAAUUCUGUGCCCCCUAACAUUGCAGUGUGUUCUAUAAAGAUGAAGUUUUUUGAGUAUAUUAACAACUGUGAGUUUGGCAAAGAUUUGUUGUUGCUUGAAACAUACCACCAGCCUUGGGAUUUUGAGAAAAGCAGAGUGCUUGCUAAAAAGAUGAAAGCUGGAGGAAUAUUUUAGAUUAACUGCUUGGAACAAAUGAGCAAAUUCUUGCAGAAUUAGAUUUGAACAUUCUAUUUAAAUAAAAGACAAGGAAUAAAAAUCUUGUCACUGAAAAUAAAUGUGUUUCACUUUGAUCAUGGUGCCAAAU